GUCAACUAGUUCUGAGUUGCAAUUGUAUUUGGCUGAUCCUUUGAUACCUGCAUUUGGGGACAUUGAUGGAGUCUCUAAGCUACUUCCUUUUGAUGUCUUGCAAUAUUGGAAGGACCAUCAAUUUCGAUUUCCUCACCUCUCUAAAAUGGCAAAGGAUGUACUUUCUAUUCCAAUUACAUAAGUUGCAGAGUCUUCUUUUAGUUUGGGAGGAAGAAUAUUAACAAAAUGGAGAACUUCGAUUUUGUCUGAUACUCUUGAAGCUGUUGUGACAACUCGUAAUUGGAUACGAGGAUACCAAAUGGAUGACGAUGAUGAAGAUACGAGGGAUGAUGGAG